UAGUGACAGUUUCAAUAUGGUGUUCGUUUGUUUUCAUUAGCGCUAGACAUUGUUUUUAAUAAAGUUUAUUAUGAACCCUGGCUUUUGUUUAAAAAUAAUAAUAAUAAUCUGAUCUUUCCAUAGCCAUUACAGUAUAAAAUGGCAUUAGUGCAAAUACAGCAUCAAAACAAUAAGCUAAAAAGUAGCUUUGCGCCUGAAAAACAAAAUAUUCCACUUGUAACACAUAUCAUUACAGAUGAUGAUAUGGGUAUUCUAGAGGGUGCAAAGCUGCACCCAGUAAAACUGAAAAAGAUUUUUAAACUUCUCACAGAUCCUCACUCUUCUAUGCUGUAUGAUCGCCAUGUCUAUACUUUAAAUAAGAUGGUGCAGCACUAUGCUAAAGGAAUACCGAUGAAGGAUCUGGUAGAAAUGUUCAAAAUUUUGAAUGUUUGUGCAGACAGAGUAGAAGCAAUCACUAUUUAUGAAAAACCAAUCUUAGAUAUUUUAAAGCUUUGUAGCAUUCCAUUCUUGAUGGAGAAAACAUCAGAUGAACUUGUGUAUGAGCAGAUAGUUGUUGAAUCAAUUUCACAGUUAGGUUACCUGAUGCGCAUUCCCACUUCAGAUGUGAGAAAUCAAAUCUGUGUUACCUUAUUAAAUUUUACCUCAAAGUCUGGCAACAAUGAUUUACAAAAAUUCAAACCUACCAGUCUGCAGUUUAACAAGAAAGUAAUAGAAAACAGUGACAUAUCAGAAACAUUAGUGAAGUCAUUGGCUUUGGUGGAAAAUGAUUUAGAAAUUAAACUCAAGCUGUUAGAAAUUCUUCAACUAUUUUCUAAAUAUUCUGCCAAAAACUGUGAUCAAAUGUUGCAUGUGGAAGCAGGUCGACGUAUUUGCUCAAGGCUAAUGGAUACAGAUCCAAGUGGUCAACUUCUGUUCCGUUCAGUUGAUAUCCUGUGGAAUCUGAUAGAAAAUGGGAACAAGUCUGACUUGGCAAGUCAGCUAAAUAAUAUGGCCUGCAUUAGUCAGCUAAGGGAUGCCUUUGUUUACCAAAUGACACAGGGUCAUAGUCACUAUGACCGCCAGCUUAGAAAUGACUUGCUUGUUAUUGCAACUCUUGUUGCAUAUCAGUGCCCAAAAGCUCCUUUUGUAGAAACAGGAUUUGCCAAGCAACUAACACUCUUUGCUACAUUUCAAGAGGUGAAGUCCCAUAAUGCGCUUGUGCGUCACUUAAAGUUGGCGACAAACCAUGAAGACUUUGAACUUCGAAAACUCUUGUUUAAUAUUUUAGUAGUGCUGAGCAAUGAUAAAACAGUAAUAUCAAUACUAUCAGAAGGCCAUCUCCUGUUGGCUCUGUUUUCUUUUGUUCGAGCUAAUGAGCAAAAAACUGAUCCUCGUGAACUGAGUUUGGCUCAGUUUGAAGAGAUUCAGCUCCAUGCAAUGGCAGCAUUGUGUACCCUUUGCCCCAAAAUGCUUGAGGACUACAUGACCUGCCAAGGGUCGACUCGUCUCCUUCUGCUUCUUGAGUGGUGUGUUGGACCUGAGGAAUUCAGUGGCCAUGGCAAUAGUUUUCAUGGUACCGGAGGCAGAGGAACAAAAAAAUCUCAAAUGCAUUAUUGUCUGCGACUACUGAGAAGUGUUGCAUCUACUAAGGAUGAAAUCAUCUUGCAGGACAUGGCUGACCAAGGAGCUAUAAACCAACUUAUUGGUUUGUGCACAAAAUGGGUAUUAAACACUGCAUUUACUCAAAGGAAUGAUCAAAAUGAUGCCAUCGAAAUAGAGAUGCAAUCUGACAUAUUGUUUAUUCUUUCCUGUCUGUGUGAGCAGGAUCUACACAGAAAGGAGCUCUUUGGAAUUCAAGGUGUUGAUAUGGUUAUACGAUAUCUUCGUACAGACACAAGACUACUUAGUAGUGGAUUAGGGCAUCACAAGCUGCUGCUAACAUCUAUUGACUGUGCAUGGUGUUCCACUGUUGGCUGUUAUGUAACAGAAGAUUAUUUUUUGGAAAAAGAAGGUGUUUUCCUUCUCUUUGAUCUACUUGAGGUCUGUCCAAAAAAUAUGCACAACAUCAUUAUUGGGUGUCUACUUGAUCUCUGUGAGAAUCCUAAAACUGUUAACCAUAUUCUUGCAUGGCGUGGUAAAUCUGGUACUAGUGCAUCCCACCUUCUCUGUGAGUUGUGGCGUCAAGAUGAGAUACAAAUUGGAGUCAAGAGAGAUUCACAAGGAGCUAUAACAGACCUAAGACGACCUCUGAUGGGUCAGAUUCAAGCAGAUCUUGGUGUCAUACCUCUUCCAGCUUCAUGUGUCAGUCAAGCUAUUGCAGAUGUGAGUGAAAACAUACGAGCCAAAAUCUACUCACUGUUUUGUAAGAUGGGUUUCAGUGAUUUACCAGGGCUUUCUUUGGAUGACCAUGUCACCUUGACAAUCAUAGAGAAAUAUUUAGAUUUCAAAAUGGGUGAAGUUUGGUCAGAAACCAUAGGAGAGCUGCAACUAGAAAAUGUUCGCCCUGUUACACCAGAUCAAGAAGCAAUGGAGGCAAUAUCCAGAGCCAUUGAGGAGCGUGCUGUAAUAGUAGCAGCCACACAACAAGAACUCAUAGAAGCACAAAAAAAUCAGGAUGUCAUAGAUGAACAAGAAUUUUAUGCUCAGAUGAGAGAAAAUCACAGACAAAAAGAAAAGGCUAUUGCUGACUUCACACAGUUUGUAGCUAGGACUUCAAACUUUCAAGAAUUAAAGGCUGCCAAAGAAAAGCAAGAAAUUUCAAUAGAUGCCUCAAGAAUGCAUCCCAUUAAUAAGCAAGGGGAUCAUUUUCACGAUGUCAGCCUCCCAAACCUGACAAGUACAGUUUUCAGUGGCAAGCAUGUCACUGUGAAUGAAUCUGUCAAAGAAAAAAAUACAGCACCAGUUAUUAAGUUUGACCCUACAUUAAAUGCCUUAGCUGACAGACCAUUGAAGCACUAUACCAUCUAAUAAAGUAUGAUGGAUGAAAACAUAAUUUUUGAGUUUACAAAGUUAGUUUCUUCAAGUUUACAUAAGAAACCACACAAUGAAUACAUCUUUAAGUUAGUACAGACCCAUACAUGACCAUCAAAUAUGGAAAACAAAAGGUGGUUUGCUUUUAUGUAUAGAUAUAUAUAUGUAUUUCUAUUAGUAGCUCUAGACAUUAAAAGAUGUUUCCCCAGUUUGUUAUUCAUAAUUAUUACUUUUGUUGUGUGGCUGUUUUAAACAGGUUGCUAUGUAAGUAAAUAAAACUUGGUUAACACAUUUUAUUUUUAUACCUGUACCAAUAAAUAGUGUAAAAAAUAAAUCAAGCAUGUCAUAUAAAAAAACACUAGUUAUUUCACUUUUUUUUACAUAGUUAUUACUAGUAGAGUUCACAUAUAAACAGUUUGUAAGAAUUAAUAUAUUAUAGUGUGAAGUGCCAAAAUAAAAGCUAUUAGAACCUAAAAAGACCUUUUCAGUGUUAACAUUUUAAAAUACUAAAUUUUAAUGAAAUAUGAAAAUAGUAGUUGUCUUUUUUUAUAACUGUUUUCUGUAUUCUUGAAAAAACAAAGGCUGAUUCUGGACAAUAUAGAGAAGACUAAAAGAAUCAGUUACAUUUUUUUUGUCUUAACAUGCAAGCAGCAUGAUGAGCAGUGACUAAUAGACUAUCCACUCAUCUUAAAAAAGAUAAAUACCUCUAUAGAACUAUAUAAUUAGAGGCAAAAUCUUUUGGGAUUGAUUUAUCUAUGGAAAAAAGCCUUAGCCAAUGGAAUGGCAAGUUUCAUAUUGAGAGUUCUUUCUAUUAUGCACCAUUAAAUGGACUGCUUUUUGACAGUUGACAGAUUUAAAAUUUCUAUAAAACUGCAUAGUAGUGUUUGUACGGUAUUAAUUUUCAAUAUCACACAAAAACAGCCUGGCUCAUUAUACAAAUGUACUAUUUUAUUAUGCAUUAAAUGAAUUUAUACAUCUUUUGUGCUGAUUUGUUGUAAUUGAAAAUAAAACAAAAUAAAAAUUGAAGACCUGUUUACUCGCUGCAGUAGUUAAUCAUUUUUGAAGAAGUGAAAUAAAACGUUUGCAAUUGUUUUUACUCAUGUUAAAUACAUUUCAAUUUUCAAAUAAAGAAAAAAAUUGAAAAUUAAAUGAAGUACACAACACCUAUUCAGAAUGUGUUGUUUUUUUAAGCUUUAUCACAAUUAAAUAAGAUAUGGUCACCAGGCCAAAGUUUUCUAUUAAUUAAUAUAAAAAAAAUUGUUAUCUCCCUUAGCAAAGUCAGCUAAUUGAAAUUAUACAAGUCCUAAAUUUAUAAUAAAUUUAACUGAUUAUUGAACAUGUCCUUUUGAAGUUAAUAUUUAUUCUGUAAUUCACUAAUAAUUUUUUAUUUUGAGCAGCUUUUUCUGUUGCCAUGUUUAUUUGUGUAGCUAAUGUGACCAGUGCAAAUAGUUUUUUUAUUUUUGUUAAGAGCUAUAAUAAUUACCCUACUUACUAAAAGGAUAUCCUUAACAUGAAAAAUAUUUAAACUUCAUUGCCUGGACAGACAAGAAAUUAAAAAGCUUUAAAUAUUGCUUGUUCUAAAGUUAUGUUAGAUCGUAGACAUGGUUGGCUGUUUUAACUGUUUGCUAAUUUUAAGAUCAAUAUGUGCUCAAUUGCUAUAAAGAUGUUGAGUUGCAAAAGGGAUUUUAUAAAGGAAAAUUAGUGCAUGAUGAUGGUAGUGAGGCCCUAAAGCAGUAGUGGGCAAACUAUGGCCAGUGGGUUCGGUAAAGUUUAAUCAGACCUGCCACAUGUUUUAAAUUUAUAAUUAAAAUUAACUAGAUCACUCACAAUGUUAUAAUUCAAGUUUUAAAUACAAUUUGAAACAUUUCAGUAAUAUUACGAUUUUUAUUUAUUUUCACUUUUGUUGCCUCUGCUGAUUUAAAUUCCCAAAAGCACACUUAAACUUUCUGUGUACAAGCAACUGCCGAGUUUGUCAUUGUUUUUUUUAUUUUAACUGUAUGUCAUUAAAACUUUUUAACUAAAAAAUUUUGAAUAAUUUAUAAGGACUAUAAUAAAUAUGAAAAUUUCACAACUAAACAUAAUACCCUAAUGAUUUUCAGCACAAUCUAGGCCAUAUUGUGCUCUCCAUCCUUAAUGUAAAUUUGACUGAUGCAAAAAGAAAAAAAGUCAAAGAUCUCCAAAUAGAAUUAUUAUGCUCAGAGAAUGUGUGCAAUGUUUGCAUCUAAAUAUUUUUAGGAGCAGCUUUUUUUUCACUGAGACUGAGUAACACCCCAGUUACUGUUAGGAUUAACUAUGUCCCACUUAACUCUUUCUCUCCGUAAUUAUUUGUCCACGUUUUGACAGAAUUCUUUAUUUUGCUCAUUGCUAGUUCACUCCCCUGUUAUGAUUAAGCUUCAGAAAUUUUUUUCGUUUGUAAUCAGAAAAUGUUUUAUUUUGGUAUAGAAUGUAAGGGAAAUGCAUGCUCUUUUUAUAUUAAAAAUGUAAAGUUUAUAAAAUCCAACAUUUACACUUUAAUGAGGUCAAAUCAAGGUAUCGUCAAUUAGGAGAGAAAGAGUUCAAGCCAAACUUUGACAACUUGCAUCAAAAGCCCUAGCAGUUUCAUACAUUAAAUCUGAUCUAAAUAAAUUUGCCUAUUACUGGCUUAGAGUUUCUGAAACUAAUAUUACAAAAACAGAAAUGAAGUUUAUUAAGUGUUCAGAAGUCUUAAUAAACUAUCAAAUAAAUUAAAACAAGGUUUAACUUUCUUACACAAAACAAAACAUGCAUGGGGCACAAUACUGUCAUAUCAUAAUGUGUAAAAGCUGAGAAAAGUCUCACUUUUUGGAAUAAACUUUUUGCAGAAAAAAAAUUCACCCCCUCCCCCUAAUUGGGCCCUGCUCUCAUUGAUAAAUACUGAUUGGUCUAAUCUAUAUUUUAAGAAAAAAAAACAUGCUCACUUAACUUUACCUAAUCAACUUUUUAACAGAUAAAAUAAGAAUUUUAAUUAUAAAUAAAUCAUUUAAAAAUUGAAAGCAUUCUAUUAACUUUAUUCUUGUAUUGUGAUUAUUACAUACCAGUAGGCAAAGUAACAGAAAGGGUAAGCGAAUGAUUUCCUAGAAACUUUAAAUUAAGAUCAUGUAAAUACACCAUUUUUAAUAAACAGAUUUGACUUUGUGAAAUGAGUAAGAAAUAUUCUCUCUAUUGAGGUCAUUCAUUUUUUUUAUUACCCUUUCUCCUUUUAAGUUUAAUAAAGUGCAUUAAUUUUUUUCUCUUAACUGAUCCAGUUUCUAAACAUAGCAGACUAAUGUAAAAAAAAUUCCCAUUAAUAAUUUUAUAACUAUUAAAAUCAUACAUUUUGUUAGUAACAUUUUCUUGAAAACUACAGAUUUCUUUCAUAGCAUUUGUUCUGGAGAAAAAUAUUUUUAACAUAAGCAUGUCAAUAAUUUAUAAGCAUCUCCUGUUGACAUGAUUUAACAAUAGUGAAAUAGAUUGUUGUUAAUGUUUAAUUACUUUUCAUGAGAUUAAAAUAGCAGUGGCCAAUCAGUCUGCUACUGUAUAGUAGUUAAUGUUUAAUUUAACUUCAUGAGAUUAAACUAGCAGUGGCUGAUAGACUGUUAAUGUAUUGCAGUUAAUGUUUAAUUAUACUUCAUGAGAUUAAACUAGCAGUGGCUGAUAGACUGUUAAUGUAUUGCAGUUAAUGUUUAAUUAUACUUCAUGAGAUUAAACUAGCAGUGGCUGAUCCAUUACCAUUUUUGCUGUCUUGCUUGGAGCAAUCUUUAACACAUUAUUUUUCUUCCACUUCCAACUCUAAAGUUGAAACUUUGCACAACUAUUCAAUAAAUAUCAAUUAAAAAAUUAACUAAUUAAUUUGUUAAUAAGCCAUCAUAAAUUAAUUUUGUUUUAUAUAGAAAAUGUACUAAGCUUAGCCUUCUGUAGAGAAUUAGGUCAUUUGGAAAAAAAAAUUUAACUAUCAAUAGUCUAUAAAAUAUAUUUUUAUAGUACUUUAACAGCUCAGUGCCUAGCAUGUCAUCCAUCUUCCAUCAUCGAGGCCUCAAAUUCAGACUCUAGCAACUUUUUAAUAUUUUACUUAUUUAAAACUGCUAACUCAUGAAUGGUUCUUUCAUAUUUUUCUUUUUAAAUUCUUGUGUUAUUGUCUAACAAAUAAUACCUUUAUUACUAUCAGGUACAAGACCAGUGGUCCCUGCCAAUCAAUAGGUUACCAAAUGACAUAUAUAACUAAAGUUUUUCAUAACUUUUGGAAGGUCUAGGUUCAAAGCUUUUAGUAAAUGUUUUUUGGGGAAAAAAUCUUCAUGUAACAUAUUUAUUCAAACCCUGAGCAUGCCUAGUGUGAACAAAUGACAUUUGCAAGAAACACUUUUCUUAGGCUGCGGUCAUUUUGUACAGUAGGUUACAUAAAGCACUUAUAUGGUACAAGGAAGCCAUUUGUAGAUUAGCAGGACAAAUUAUCAAAAAAUUGGAUUGUACCUAAACAUAUUUUAUUAUUAGUUAUAUAUCAACUUAAACUUUAAAAAUAUGAAUGGAUCAUUAUUUUGAUUUUGUAAAUAAUUUGUUGAGUUUGAUGUUCAAUAUCUAACUUAUUGGACUAAGGCAAUAUAAAUUACCAGUACAUACAAGUUUAGUUCUGAUUCAGUAUGGUAAUUUAAAAAUUGCCCCCCAAAAAAACAACAAUGUUGAUAUCAAGAAUUUUUUAAUUGAAGAACAUUCCAACCUUGUUGAGUUACUUAUUUUGGUGUAUUCAUUUUAGAGUGUCAUGUUCUAUUAAAUUUGUCCUAACUUACCUACCUUAUGUUGAUGAUAAAACUUGUGCAGAAUGUUGAAUCAAAGGAGGUUCUUUUAACUUCACUUACCUUAGUUCAUUUGAGCUAGAGCUAGACUAUAUUAUGGUAUUAAUCCAACCUAUCUUACAGACUCAUAGAUGUUUACUCUCAGCAAUAUUGUAAAUACAAUCAAAUUAAACAUCUACAUUUAAGAUGAUUAUAAAAUAUAAUUUUAAAAAGAGAUUAACUUUAAACUCAAAAGAGUAAAGAAAAAAAUUCAGAAUGGAAAAAAAUAUAUAUUCUAGUUCAAAGAUUUCUACUAAACAUUCAUUAGUAUGUAACUCUUAAAUGUCAAUAAAAAAAAAUCUGAAUUGA